CUCCGGAUCAGUUCGAAGUUUUGAGAAAAAAAAAAAUUCGAAUAUAUAUACGACUGUGUAUAGUGUAUACAUAUAAAUCUCUCUCGGCAAAUGAAUUGCGUGUGAAGAAUCGAAUCGACGGUGGCUGUAUUCGAAGAUUAGGACUGCGAUCACUUACGCCGCCGGCGAAUAACCGUCGCUAUGUACGUUACCAGGAGAAUCUCCGACGUGGAUCGCCGUCUUCUCCUCGUCCUCACAAUCCCUUCUCUCUCCCUCCUCCUCUUACUCUCUCUCUCUACUCUCACCUUGGAUCCUUUCCCCACUCUCGUCCCUCUUCGGAACCUAAUCUACACUCACCGUCAUACUUUAACCGCCACCACCACCGAAACUCCCGAUUUCGCAGCCGAAUUAUCCGAUCCGAACCAUAGCGACGUGAAUCCGGCGGAAGAGACGGAGAAUCCGCGGCGGAGGAAGAAGGAGGAGUUAGUGAAUUCGAAAAUUGCGGUGUGUUUGGUUGGAGGAGCGAGGCGGUUCGAGCUCACGGGACCGUCGAUUAUAGAGAAGAUCUUAAAGGUUUAUCCUAAUGCGGAUUUGUUUCUGAAUAGUCCUCUCGACGAAAAUUCUUUUAAGCUUAGUUUGCUCAAGGACGCACCGAGGCUCGCUUGGGUUCGUAUCUUCGAGCCUAAGCCCAUCAACGAGACUGAACCUAUGGUUCGAGUCCUCACACCCAUGAAUUCGCCUAAUGGAAUUAAGGGCUUGUUACAGUACUUCAAUCUCGUAGAAGGUUGCAUCACGAUGAUAAAGGCAUACCAAAACGAGAACAACUUCACAUACGACUGGGUAAUCCGGACCCGUGUUGACGGUUACUGGGCUGACCCGCUCGACCCGGAAUACUUCACACCGGGUCAGUACCUAGUCCCACCUGGAUCCUCUUACGGUGGUCUCAACGACCGCUUCGGAGUCGGCGAUCUCAACACGUCCACGGUGGCUCUCUCUCGCCUCUCCCUCAUCCCCGACCUCGACUCGGCCGGGUUAACUCGUCUCAACUCCGAGUCCGCUUUCAAGGCUCAGCUCACAACGCACCGUGUCCCUUACGUCACUAAACCUCUCCCUUUUUGCAUCAUGUCAGAUCGGACCUAUGAUUUUCCUCCGUCUAGCUACGGAGUUCCCGUCGCUGCACUUUCGAGCCACGGUCCGUUGAACGGUGCCAAGUGCCGCCCUUGCACCGUCGCCUGCAGCGGUUCGUGCGUGGCGGAAGUGAUGGGGAAGUUGAAUAAAAAGUGGAGCUGGACGGAGUGGGAGAACGGGACGGUGAAGCUGUGCGACGCACAUGGUGAAUGGGAAGAAGGUUGGGAGAAGAUAUUUGACGAUACCGCCGGCGAAAAUUUUGCACGUGCGAGGAAACGAGUUGGAGGUUUGGAUUCGAGGAGAUGUGUGGAAGAGUUUGAAGAGAUGAGAGGAAUUACCGUUAAAUGGGAAGCUCCCGCCUCCGAACAGAUUUGUAGUUUGGGCUUAAGGCCCAAUUAG